AUGUCAAAACUCACACAAUGUUUCAAACGAGUUACUAUAUGGUCAUCGAAGCAGAUUUUCAUUGUAUUUGCUGCAUUUCUCGUCUAUGUUCUCGCUGAUGGUACAACGUUUUCAUUUGGACUUUAUGUUGAUGAGUUAUUAUCAACUUAUAAUGCAAAAAAACGUAGCACACUAUGGAUUAGUAUCCUAGCUGCACUAACACAAUCUGUUCCACUUCUACUUAGUCCAUUCGUCUGUUGGUUAACCAUGAAAUGGGGUGCUCGAUACACAGCAUUGGUUGGCACAUUAGUAUCAUCUAUUGGGUACAUGGUACCGUUUUUUAGCACAAGAAAUAGUAUUAUUAUGCCAACAAUUGGUUAUGGACUAUUGCUGAGUAGUGGAUUAGCCUUUUGUUACGUACCUGCUUAUUUGACACUGCCGUAUUAUUUUGAAGAAGAUCGAGGAUUAGCAACAGGAUUGGCAGUAUCGGGUUCAGGUGUUGGUCAAGUGAUAUUGGCAGUUCUUAUCAAAUCAUGCAUUAUGAAAUAUGGAUGGAAAGGAGCAUCGCUCAUCACAGGUGGUGUCUUCCUGUCCAUGACUAUCUCUGCACUGGCAUUCAAAAAACCACUUACAUCUUCGUCACCAGAAGAGAAUACAAAAAAGAUAAAAAUACCCCAAAUAACAAUCAGUGAUGAUGAACAAACAACAAUUGUGUUAAAAGACGUUGAUAUUGAUGAAGUAUUGCCACGUCGUCGAACUCGAGGUAUGACAAUGGCUAAUAUUUUAUUAGCCACAGUUCCUAUUCGCUCCACUCGUGGUAAUACAACGACAACGAUGGAAUCAAUUCAGAAAAUAUCUCAACAAUCACCACCAGAAAAACGUCGAAGUUCAUUCACAGCCGAUCGUAAUUUUAUGCGCUCAAAACCAAGAUCAUACACAAUAUCCAAUGAAUACGCUCAACAACGGUUUCGUUCUAAUACAAUUGCUGUACCAGCGAUAAUGCUAUCAUCUACUUUUAAACGAAUAGAGAAAUUCAAACCAUUACAGAGCUCUCAAAAAUUUUCAUCAGUUAUUAUUGAAAAAGAUCAUGAACAAGGAUUUCAUUCAACAAAUUCUCUAGAUGAAGAAACAACAUGUCCAAUAGCUCCAAAAGAAUAUAUAUCAAACACAUUAAUUGCAGAAGAGAACGAAGAGGAUGCAGAGGAGGGUGAGAUGAAUGAACUCGACAAAGAAAAGGAAGCAGCACCAGUAAUACAAAAAGACAAUUGGUUAUUCAACGGUCGUUUUCUUUUAUUUUGCUUAUCGAAUUUCCUAUUAUGUCUCGUUAUCGGCGUUCCGUAUGUUUUUUUACCCAAUUAUAUUCGUGAGAUAUUCGAUGGUUCUACAUCAUAUUUUGCUUCGUGGGCUCUGUCGAACGUGGGUAUUGCAUCGGCCAUUGGACAAAUUCUUCUCGGUUACAUGCACGAUCGUCGACUCAUUGAAGCAUGGAUCAUGUAUACAGUUGCUGUUAUUCUAUCUGGGAUCGCGUUGGUACUAUUAGCAUUGAAUGAAGCACGAUAUAAACCUGUUGUUUUAAUAUCAGCAUUUGUGUUCGGUUUAGCAAUAAGUGCAAAUUAUGCACUACAACUACUAAUUAUCAUUGAUGCUUUAACAAUCGAUUACAUGCCGAAAGCAUUUGGAUCGUUGCAAUUGUGUCAAGGCAUUAGUACACUAAUUGGAAUUCCGCUACAAGGUUUGUAUAUAACAUUAAUGCGUAAUGUGCAAAAUGCCUACAAGUAUACAUUUUUAAGUUCUGGUUUAAUUAUCAUUCUUUCUGGUGUAAUUAUGUUUUUAUGGCCAUUAUUUAAACCGUACAAUAAGACCUAA